CGUUACAUCCGUUCGCUGGCAAGCUGUGGAUUCUCGCGCUCGCUCGCAGUGUGUUGUUCAGUUGCGGAGUAGUAGUUUGGCUUUGCCGACGUUGCAGUCUCAUCGACCAUGCACGACCAGUGCAGGAACGAGCCGUGGUGGCCGUGCGCUAAAUCGAUUUCAGACAGCUGUAGCUCGUCGUGUAGCCGUCCAUCCUUCGCCAUGCUCAGCUGCCGCCUCCUCCCGUAGCCUUCGCGCGUCGUAUUUCCUUUAGAGAAUUGUUGGCUCAGCUGAUGACUGCGCGAUGCUAGCUUGGCGUACGGCCAGAAUGUGUACUCGCCGUCAUUUCCCCAACGCCCGCAUCUGUCCAAACAGCGGUUGCACGAUGCCUCAACGCUGUGGCUUCGACGUCGGCUUUUGCCCCCAUCCCUGCCUGUAAACAGAAGCCACUGACUCUCUAAUCGUGGGAUUCACUUUCCGUAAAGAGGAAACAAGCGCGAUAACGCUCAAACGGAGUUCACGACUGCCCCUCUUCUCAAGGGAAAGCUGUCGCAGAUAGUGGCGCGGAGAUUCUCGAAGAUAGCGACUUCAAGGGAUGUUCUGUGUGCUGCGCGCUACUCUACAUGCGUCCUAUCGCCUGUAGGGGUAGCUUCUCUUCUUGGGCUUCUGUCUGCCUUCAAGCAUGUGAAAAAUAAAUUCUUCAGGACCCAGGGACCUUCCUUGGCUGGCAGGGCGGCAGCGGGCGCGUGUGCGUCGUGGUCAGUGAUGGCAGCCUCGGUGCAUGCCUGCUGCCCAACACCGCUGCAGCCACGCGAGCGGCGACUCUCUGCCCAAGCUGAGCUUGGUACUGGGGCACACCCACGACCGCCUAGGCCACGCAGCCAUGCAGCAGCUGAGCAGCAGACUCCUGGUGAGCAGCGACGUAGCGCAGUGGAACGCCUGGAGGAGACUAAGGCGCAGUACGUCAAGUCGGAACGAGUGCUGGACAGUCGUCAGGGGCUGCGCAGCCGUCGUUCCGAGGGUGCCACAUUCGAGCCACCCUUGCUGGCGCGGUCGCCCUCGGCCUAUGAACUUGUUGAGCGGCUCAGGGCCUCACCGCCAGCAGCUCUGCUUGCACGAGCACCCUCACUGAAGCUCCGGCGAGCCCCGUCUCCGCCCAUGCGUGCGCGUGCCUUGUCCGAGACACAGGCGAGGCGGCUUCUUCGGCCAACCAGGACCGACCAAGAUGUCCAGCACCAGCUGAGGCGACUCAUUGCUGGUGACACUCCACCAUCCCUCACUCAGUCAUCUGGUCUGACUGUGGUUCACAAGAGCCUGCCCGAUCUCUCACCAUCCCGAACGCGGCGUGCCAGCACAGAGCUUCGAACAACCGGUGAUCUGUAUGGUGAGCCGUCUCCGGUUUGCAGCAGAGACCGCUACUAUCGCAAGCCCCGGCCCUCAUCGGAAACGGUUGUGGGUCGCAGCCUCUCAUUCCGGCCCCUCGACCUGCCGAGCCGAAACUGUGGUCUCAGAGCAGAGGCAGCCUCCUCUUCACGGCGACCCGUGCUACGUUCCAAGUCCGACGUGGCACACCGCAGCCAACCGGAUUUGGGAACGGGAGUACGGGACAUGCAGCGGUCACUCCCCGACCGCUUCUUCGACACCCUGGGCUUGGACGCAAGCACGUGGCACAGCGUCCUCUCGCCAUCGUCAGGGUCAGGCUCGUCACGCUACUUUGACAGCAUCAGUUCUGCAGACUCAUUGGGCCGGUCCUGUAGUCUGGCCGGCAGCGACUCGUCCUCAGUGGGCGGUGGCUGCGGUGGGGUCGAAGGUGGCGCAGGCCUGCGUAACCGAGACCUUGUUGACCACGGUCCGGCCGAGACGUCCAUCGUGGAGAAGAAUGCCAGGGUGAUCAAGUGGCUUUUCAAUUGCCGUAGGGCGACCAUUGGCUCCUGACCACCGUCGCCAAAGAUUCAAGCUAGCGUUUGUCCAAGGGUCAUGCAAGCAGUGUCGUAUAGUUUUCCUGCAGUGUGGUUGUAAGGAAGUGGUCAUGAGCAGUUGCCAAUUUUGGGUCUGAUGUCCUCCAGGCAAAGGGAAAGAUUGCCCGGAUUUGAUGGAUUGUUUUUGUAGUGCAUUUGAUUGACUGAUCUUGUUUUUAUUGUAGUAUUGUACAAACAGUUCUUGCCUUCACUUCUUAGGAUGAGGCUGUGCAUAAUGAACAAACGAGUGCACUGGUUUGUUCAGUAGAUAAUAAGUAAGGUGCUUCUGUUGUACCAUUGUUAGACCAGGAGGGUAUGCUGUAAUUGUCCACCUAUUGGACUGUUCAUUUUGGCCACUGCUGAUUGGUAGAGCAGCCAAGCAAGAAGGGGGCCCACCUGCCUCGUUGCACGUACCCCAGCUCAGCCAAUCAGUGCUUCACCAGCAGGCAAAAUAGACAGUACUCUAAGUGGACAUUUACAGAACCGCCCCCCACUAGGAAUCUUGUAGAUCUACAACAUAAAUUUAUAUAUUUUUCUUUCCCUGUAAAUGCAAGAAAUUUUUGUUGUUGCUUACUUGAAGCAGAAAACAAUGUAUUUUGGUAUUUUAAUUUUAGCCAUGCCUGUUUAUAGUUUUAGUCGUAAUAUACAGUCGAACCCGGAUAUAACGAAUUGUCAUAUAUAACAAACUGUAAAAUCCCCUUAAAGUUUUUGUAUAAAACCUUUAUUUUAUAUAUCGAAUGAUUGAUAUAUCGAACUACCGUAUUUUCUGCUGUACAAGUUGCAGCUUUUCUUUUUCUUUUUGAAUUUUUCAUCAGUGCGUCUUAUAGAACGGUACGACCUAUAUACGUUUUUUUAGGAAAAACUGCCGUCAAAAUCUUGUGGGAUGCUAUGGCCACGCGAAGCGCGCUGGGUUUACCUCCUCUGGCACUUGCUACAGGUUGUGUGAGCACUGUGGAAGUACUGGGGUCUUCUCGUGAUCCAGUUGCCGAGCGCCGUGCGAGAAGGACGGAGCAGCAAAGCAAGUGGCGGCAGGCCGACCGCGAGUCGACCAAACUCAAAGUCGUCGCAUCUGCAGAUCACUUUCAAAAUAUGGUGUUCGCCGCUGUGCUAGCUUUGUAGUUGCUACCAAAGUAUAAGCUGCCCCUCUCCCCCCACUCCGCUCUCGCGCUGCCUUCCCGCUUUCCUCCCUUGUGCGCGAUUCGGCUCACUGUCGCACGAUUUCACUCGUGCAUACAGCACACGGCGCGCGAGGGCUAUCGCCCUUUUCACUUGUAUGAAACAUCACGGUGACCACGACAGCAGAAAUGCGCCUGGAGUGUCCAUGGCACCCAUACGCUUGCGCGUGUCCCAUGUUCACGAAGUGAAAUGUCCCUAAUUUUUUUAAUUGCUUACCGAAUGAACAGGUGCGUCUUAUAUACGUCUUUUUUUGGAAAAACUGUCGUUUUGAGGAGGGGUGCAACUUAUACAAAGGUUUGACUUAUAGCCCGGAAAAUACGGUAUUUCGCGAUUCCCUUCAAGUUCGAUAUAUCCGGGUUCGACUGUGAAUAAAAGUUCCAGUCGCAUAGAGUCAAGUUAAGACAUUUAUAUAUUAGUCAUCAAUACUCUACUGAUCCUGAUCUCGCUACGUCAUGCCAAAAUCAACCCACCGAAAUUGUACAUUUUCAGGCAUGGUACUUGAGAACACCAGUUCAGUUUGCUUGACUUGGGAGAGCACUCAUAUCAUAAACAUCAGCACACAAGCCAGGCUAAAACCGCAUCAACACAAUUGCCCUCACAGCCCAUCCACCUAUCUAUCCACAGUCCUUUCAUAUUCUCUAAUCUGUAGGUUUUUCUAUCCCUUAAUGAAGUAAAAGAAGUUGUUGCAGUUUUUGAUGGCAAGUUCAGGACCAUCCCAUAAUAUAUCGGGAUCCUCGUUGCUGGAGGGCACCACUUUCAGAACACCAUGUUUUUGUUUCUUUGUUAUAAUUUUUCAACUUGAGUUAGGGUUAAGGCCUAAUGCUAUUUUCAUUGGCUCUGACUGCCUGCUUUGUUCUUUGAAAUGGAGCCCAAUUUUGUUCGUUUGGUUUCGCAGUAUAGGUAGUUCUGGGCUCUUGUGACACUCCCAUAUGUUUUCCCAAAUUUUCUUCAGUCGUACAUGUUGUCUCUCAGAAGAAGAGACUGCAAACAGAUGAAACAAGAAAUACUGAAAAACGAGUCAGGACGAGCUUUUCUUAUGCUUGUCUCUUUCACUUGUUCAAACUCCUCUUCAAUAUUCAAGUGUGCUAACUCAUCCAGUUUUUCAUUGUUUUGUUGCGUGUUACUCCUUUUUCUCAACAGCCAUUGCACCCACUCUUAUGCAGAGGCAUAUGACAUGUUUCAUAUUUUACAUUUUCUGUUGUGGAGCUCCUGAUGCCUUUGGUUCACACCGUAUAUUUACCCGCAUAAUGAAUUCCUUCUUAUCAGAAAUUUUAUUUGAAAUUGAGAGGUGCAUUUAUUACAAAGGGGCAGUGUUUUUCGCAAACAUAUGGGCACGUGGCAUGCUAAUAUGCGAAAAAGAGAUUUUUGUAUUGGAUUUCUUGGACCAGAUUACAAAAUAAUUGCUUUUGAAGAACUCUAGCCAAUCAUGCUCACAUUUUUAUGAAUGAAUGUACAUUACACAUUAGCUGUUCACAAUAAUUGAAAAUAUCAAGUUUCUUGUACUCAUCUUACAUUGCAAUCUCUACCAAUAGUUGUGGGUAUCAUUCUAAAGUCCUUGGUAUGACCCAAUGUGUAAGAAAUUCCUGCCUUCUCAGCUCAUCCUAAACGUGUAAUGAGGAAUAUGCCACAUGGUCCUGAAAUGCAGUUGGAGGUUUCCACUAAUGAUCUUUUAAUAUUGGAUGUCUUAAUAUUGACACAGAAUUUAAGCUUGUCGUAUCAUGGCUGUCCAGUCUGCACAACCUCCUGCCUCCUAACAUUAUUCUUGGAUGGUUCAUCUAACCCCGGAAAGCCCAAACAUGAUUUCAAAUCAAAGAACAUUAGAAGAACUUGAUUAAUGUGGUGAAUUGGGCGUGUUGGUACGUAUUUGAAAAGGCAGCAGGGGCGUAAAAAGACACGUACGGAGACUAGACAAGGACGAGCGCUGAACAGAACUACACGCUGGCUUCUUGAGGUAGUCGCAGCAACUUGUUCACCUUUAUAUCUGGCUGUGAGGAGUACAUUGCUACAAAACAAUGAAAUGUAAAUUUAGUAAAUUAUUAAUUAGUAUAGAAAGUAAUUAAUUAGUAAUUGGUUUUCACAUUACCGACACUCACUCUAGGAUAUGAAAAUCUAUGGGCUUUGCAUGAAGCUUCCCAUGCUUAACCCUUUCAGUGUUAUUGACAUACCCGUACAUUUCCCACUCUCUCCAGUCGGAUGUGCGCAGUAACAUGAAGUUGUUGAACUUCGAGGUAGUGCCAUCAUUUGUUGUAUAUUUCUACAAGCAUAUUUUCUCACCUCUCUGGGUUUUCUGUCUGGGUUAUUGUUAAUGCGUUGUGGAACAGGCCCCUUCGUGGACGUGAUAGCAUCCGCAGACGGGAGGGGUGGCUCCCCGACUUGUGCACUGCUACUACUGAGGCAAUUCUCCAUUCAAAUAUUCGCGCUGUAGCGCAAGGCCACUGCCCUUGCAUGUUUUCGCUGCCAUCUGUCGUACGUUUAUACAAGUGUGUUUUUUACCUUAACACAGCGACGCGAUGCGCUAUUAUGCAUCAAAACAAAUCUAGCUAGGAGAUAAAAAACGAAGGUAGGAAUAUGAGGGCCACACUAAGAGUACAUUUGCCAUUAUGUGUGCUCUUUUGUUUUCCCCCUUUUUUUUUUUUGUCUUCUGCAUAAAUGAAACAAAACAGUUGUGUUCGUUUUAUAAUAUCCAGUUUUUAAAAAACCUGACGUUGUGGUUGUCUUCUGUGAAAAAAAGACACUGAAAGGGUUAAGUCGGAAUUUGGAGGUGCCAUUAGCGUAUCAAAAAUUAUACUCUGCAUGUUGAGGGGUUAAAGGAGUACUAACAUGACAUAUAUACAAAUUUUUUCUCCCCCAUUAUACAAAGGUCCAAGCGCUCAACAAAAAAAAAAGUUUCAAAUUUCUUUAUUUUUAGUACUGAUAGCAGAAGUAAGUGAAUUCAUUAUGUAAGAAAAUAUGGUAGUGCAACCGGAACAGCCAGGUUUCCUUGCCUUCUUUGCAAUUUUGCCCCAGUGAAUGGCAGCACUGGCCAGCGUUCAGCCAGGCAGGAAUACUGAACUGGAGACAGCGCUUGUCAGCUCCACGGGGUGUUAUCAAGGAAGCAGCAACAGUAUUUAAUGCAGUCAACUGUUGAGUGAGUGCACAACCACGAAGCAGGUGUCUGAAUUUUCCUGUGUCAAGUCUAGAAGUCCCCGCUUUUACGUCGGGCAGCUUGUAGUUAGCAAAAUUGCUUUCUCCCCGUGCACUCAGUGCAUCGACAUUGCUUCCAUUGGCACCCACAGCAAGCACACCCUUAAUCUGUGAGCUAUGCGCUUAUGUGUUUUAACAGUCCACUGUACAAUACUUGUAUCCAUUGCUUUCGAGGGGCACAAAAAGUCGGAAUUUUCAGGCAAGGAUGGCAGACGUAGAACAAGAGUAAUGGACGACCACUAAAAGAUAGGUCUGACCUGGAGUAGAAUUAAAAUAGGCUGAUAAUGAUGAAAAGCAGAAGUUUAGUCAAGAUACAUGGAUAAUUGGUAUUCUAAAAUGGCAAGAGCAUUAUUGGUGCUUUUAAUGAAGCUACGGUAAAUCAGAAAGUGUUGUAAAUACGAGUGAGGCUAAAUGUCACCACUUUGAAGGGACCCUGAACUACUUUUUAAUGAAGUAGAGAAAGGCAUUUGAAGUGAAAAUAGGUGAUUUCAGAAAUACUUUGCUGUAAAAAUAACUUCAAUGCAUUCAGCAGAAGCGCAAUUAUUGGCAAUCAAACAUGGCCUCCGCUGUGCUCCCAUUCCUUCUUCAAUGCCAUGCACUGUGAAGGCUACGGUGAUGUGGGGCGUGCUCGCAACGCUCCGCCUUCUAAAUGUCACCGUGGUGCACACUUAAAAUUUCAUUUGGGAUGUUAACGUAGACGCCACGACUUCCGAUUUUGGUGCUUACGAUGCGCUAAACGUAAGCCAAACGCGUUUGUCCUCAGCAGGCCGCAGUGCACUUAGCCAGUGGACUUGUGGCGGCACCCCGUGGCGGUUACGGCAUCUGCGCUGCGUAGCCGACCGCAGCUACCAAUAGCAGCCGCGUAUGGGUCAGACCCUGCGCAUGUGUCAGACCCAUCCUGUUGCCACUCCUUUAUUACUCUCGGACAUCUUCGUUAGAUGCAAAACUCACAGGGUUAAUACAAGCACAUCGUGGAGAGAAAAUGAGCAACGUGCAGGGCAUUGCUAUCAGCACCUCCUCAGUUGAGAAAGAAACCGAUGAGUUGAAUGGGGAAUGGAGAAAGUAAACAUUGCACUCAUUAUAAUAUCUCCAUUCAUGUUAAGUCCUUUUCAGAAAAAAUGCAUUCAGGAAUAUGUUUCUUGAAAGUAACACAUUGAUUUCAGCAUGGUGCUCAGGUUUUACAAAUAGGUGUUUCCCAGUUGGUUCAAAUUAAUCCAGAGCCCUCCACUGUGCCACCUGCAUUAGCCCCUAUGUUGCCUUAGGGCAUUGAGAACCUGUCAGUCAUUAAAUCGAGGAAGGGACGCACUGCUUUCAAUUAAGAUUUUGUUUUUUCAGCAGCUAUGUCAUCUCUUGGGCACAUGACCAAUCCUGAGAAGUCUUCAGAAGUGUGCUCUGUUGCUCUAGCUUUAUAUUUCAUAUUUGCCUUUGGUGUGCCUUUAUAAAUAUAGGCUGUGCAUCGACACGACAUGGCGUAAAAAAUUGGUCACCAUGUUUGUUUUCAUGUUGGGAUUGUGCACUUUCGAUAGUGGCAACCCUGUGUUAUGUUUCCUAUGUGCACCAAAGGAAUCUUUUGGGAUUGACCAUCUUUCAUAGCCACACUGCAGGAAAUGUCACUGUGCGAGUUCUUUUUGUAAACGCUGUCUAGUCAGGUGCCCGGGCCCGUAUGCAAUGGCUGCUCUCCUUGUCUCCUCUGCAGGUAUGUGGGCAGCUUUUCCUACACUACAUACACCGGUGCUAGUAUACAAAGAUAGACUUUUUUGGGGGCCUCACUGUAUUUCUUGAAUUCUUUCUUGUCUAUGUCAUGCACUCUUCAGGUGUUCAACAUGUAGUUUUAUGAGGACCUUGAAAUCGUCUCUAGAAUAGCCGAAAAUGGCUUUUAGCCAUGGCAUAGCUGUGUCCUCUUGUGGCACUGUCUCCAAGUUUUUUUUUUUUUUUUCAUGUGCUUUAUUUAUGUGCACGUAUUGAUCGUUUUAGGUACAAAGCUGCAAGCAUGUGUAGAAUUUUUGUGCAUCAAGUCAGCAUUGUGUUGUCCAACAUCUGUCAGAGUGCAGAUUAACCAGAUGGAACUGAGUAGAUCGCAGCCACUGUUAAAAAUAAUCAGUUCAUGUAUUAUCAAAGAGCUUGUCAACUCUGGACCACACUAUACUGGGAUAUGCAACAUUGCUUGAUGGCACAAAGAUUGCUCCAGGUGCUUGAGGCUUUAGUCUUUGUCAUUGGCCUUUUUUGUUGCUUGGUACUCUAGCUUAUUCUCAUGAUUGCACUACAUUAGUCAAGAUAGAAGAGAGAUGGUCACUGGCAAGAGAGAAAGGAGUAAUGUAGAACUUUUACAAGAUGUUCUGCUAUGGCUUUUUUACUUUUGGAGCCGGUGAGAGCGUCAGCAGAGAGAUGAAAAUGAAAGGUAUAUUAUUAAUUUGAAAUGUUAUAUAGCAAUUUCAGGGUCCUGUCCAACAGUUUGAUCUGUCCACUGUGACUGGUUAGGCUUUCCGCUGUCCCUGUAAGGCAGGCCAGGGCAUUUCAGCCCUGUAGUCUGCGAGAAUUGUUAUAGUCUCUAUGGGAUGCGCUGGCGCAUGUCUGAUACACCUUGUUAAGUUGCUUUCUGUUUUCUUUUUGUACUUUCUUAUAUCUUUUAUAAAAGUAUUGAGCAGAUUAUUAUAGUAUCAUUUUGUAUGUAUAGAAGUCUGGUCGUCUGGAAUGAAAUCUUGCUUUAUAUGUAUGCAUUCAGUGCUUUUUGUGUGCAUGUUUGCACACUUUCUUUUUUUUUUUUUUUUUUUGUGGGCAGCUUGCAUUGUGUGUGUGAGAUGAAAGUGGCGAGGGAUAUAUACUUCAUGUCUUGCCUUUUGUCAUCAAAUGCUGCGCAACGCAAGACAAGGACUGUAACGUACAGAAGCCGCACCAUAGCUAUACAGAACAAGUAUGCGAGAAAAAAAAAAGGCCAAAGUUUCUUCGAAGAGGCAUCAACUUGGUGCAUUGCAGAAGCGAAGCGAAGAAGUGCACAGGGUCCAUAGUGUGGUGUUGGUGGUGGCAGUCAGUGCACUCUGUCUACACUGCAUUGUCCUUUUUGUGGUCCUGUACCCCACAACUUUUUACGACAGCACACACUCUCGUGCUGCGGCAAAACGUUUUCCCACUGAAGCUGGACACUCGUCAUGUCAUUCUCUUCCCCAUCAGCCACUCCCACCGAGUGUGUGCAGACAGCUGGCAUCGUAGCCUUGGUUCGGAUCCCCGUGGAAGCAAUAUUCGAUAAGAGCAGUCUGAUUGGCUUGGGCAGCAAGAUCAGUAAGGCUCAUUCAGGUUUGAAAGAAAGCACAAGCACACUGUUGGAGUGCUUUUUGUUGCCAUACUGCCACCAUCUGUUAGUGCUAGCUUCCAUCUGCUGAUACUAGUUAUGUAAGUGGCUGCCUUGAAUUAAUCUCGUGAAAUACUUCGUAAAGUAGUGACAGGUCGUAGUUUUACAAAUGACUGUUGCUUUCAAGGAAACAGAACCGUUGUACAAUAACUUUUAAGGCUGUAGCUACUGUGCAAAUGUGGUAAACCCACUGAUGUCUUGUUGUUCCAAUGCAGGCAGAAGUUGCAGAAGUGAGGUUACAAGACACUGCUCGGUUUAACAAUCAUGGAGGCCCUAGAAUGUACGGCUGCCAUCAAUUGCUGACAGCCCAUGCAUCAACGCUUCUAGUCUGAAAUUAGCGGGCUUAUCCGCUUCCAUUGCUUCAGCCCACAAUGCCACUCUCCUUCGGAAUUGUGUCCUCAGGGAUGGGAAUCAAAAUACAGCCUCAGGUUAGCCAUGGGGUAACAAGCUUUUGAAUUGUGCACACACAUGUGCCACUCUUAUUGCUCACAGAUUUGUCCUUCUAAGGACCCAAUGCUCACAGCCAGGUGAACUAUUUUGGCAAGUAGCGUUACUGUAGGCUGACACAUGCUCGUGACCUUCCUUUGGCCAUUGUGCAUUAUGCCUGAUCUGCACAGGAUGGUGUUCCAUGUUAACAAGCCAUUUUUGUAGGAAUUUCUUGUGGUGAGAAACAGUUGCUGCAGAGGUUCACUUGCACCAUUACUGUCCACAAAAAUACAUUGUUCUUACUUAUCUUGGGAUAUGGGAUCAGGUGUGAAAAUGAAUAAUCACAGCAGUUGAAGACCAAGACACUGGGGACAUGACGGGGUCCACAAUGCAUAACAAAUCUCCACAGACUGAAAAUAAACUUUGGCCUCAUUCCCCACAGUUUCAAGAGUCCAAGGAGCCCCCUACAUUCCAGUCAUGUAGCGCGUGAUCACCUGUGCUGUGCUUGUACAGCUUUUGACAAAGGCUGUAUUACAUUGGAGAAACCAUGUUAGCAGUGCAAAUCUGCAUUUAGGUAUCACUGCUUCAAACUGUGGAACAAGUGUCAAGCAAUUCAGCAGUCCUUAAUUGCUCACUAAGUGGAUUGUCUGUGGUUUCCUUGUGCGUAAUGUAAUGUGCUGCUGCUGAUUCGUGAAACCCGGAAUAACUGAAUUGCAAAUGCUCUCCAUUGUGUGAACCCACAUAGAGCAAAAGCAGCCAGCACACACCACAGUUCAUAUUUCUGUGAUUGGAUGCAUGCCAGUCGCUUCAUGAUGCAAAGCAUCCGGAAGCAGUAUUCUCCGGCAAUCACUCUCGGAAAUAGUUUCACUUUUGCGAGACCCUGCACUGGACGCGUCCUCAUAUACGGUUGACAGCGUUUCUGGUGCUGUGCCAAACUCACUAUCUUCGCGCAGUGCCAAAACUGCUGUUGGCCAUAUAUGCAUCCAGUGCCGAGUCUCACGAAAGUUAAACUAUCUCCGAAAAUGAUCGCCCAGAAUGCCACCCCUGUUGCAAACCUUCCAUGAUCUGCUAGCUGUUAGUGACAGCUGUUGUUGCUUCAGUGCUUCUAGUUUCAUGAUAAAUGCCUCAUCUCUUAAGCUGCUCAAAUUGAAUGUUGUUUAUCUUAUUUUUUCUUAUGGGAGUCGGGCAGAGAUAUUAAUAACCUGUGAAACCAUCCAGUGCAGAUCUUGGCCCACCGCCAUUUUUGUAUCGGACUUCGUGAAGCUUUAUCGUAGCUGUAGGGCAGUGAUGUGUUGUCAUUGUUGUCAGAGUCAGCCUAGUGAGCAGAUUCAAGGCUGUGACUCCUUGAAAAGUCUCAAGUAGUGCUUUAUGCCUGCCUCCAUUUGUAAGCAUGUUGGGAUAUUGCAAAGUUAACACACUACACUAUUAGAAGUUUUACACCUCUUGAAGUUUACUUUUUCCAGGCAGCAUUGUCAUCGUUCAUGCAUCUAGUGCUCACUCUCUGGUGCCUACCUUUUGGUAACACUUGAAUAUGCAAGGUGUUGUGACCUUUUGGCACCACAUUUUCAAUUCUGCAUGCCAAGUUUACACUUCAGAUGCAAAAGCACCGACGAGAUUGGUCCGAUUUAAGGUAUAUUGGUCAAACUUGAAGAUGUUUUUAAGUUUUGUUAAUGUGUGCAGAGUGUUACGAGAGAGUGCAUGGGGAUGUCUGCCUGGCUGGCAUAUGGCUCCAAUAAUAGGAUCCUGUCAAACUUUCUCUUUUGUUGUCCUUGCCUGCAAUCUGUGUUGUUCGGCAAGCUGCCUAAAUGGCGAUGUCUUCCAGAUACAAAGCAUUUGAAAUAUUGUUUUUUUUGUUUGUUUUUUUGUUUUGUCAGAAAUAUAUUUCUAGAUUCAGGCAGUCUUUUUUGCCAUGAAUAUUGAGAAAUUCAAAAUUUCAUCUCCUUGUACUGAUGGAUGUGUGCUUAUGGCACUGAAGUAUGAAGGAAUGCACUAAAUAUUUUCAAAAAAACUUAAUUGGCACCUGCAAGGCCUGUGCUAUUGACGGGGACUGGAUGCUGAAGAUGACGAUCGUAGGACAGCAUGCCUGGAAGGGUGUAAAACAGUGUAGGGCCCACCCCCAAGCCAAGAUGUCCAAAUAGCUGGCCUGAGCACCCCUUUUGGUGCAUGUGGCAGCACAGAGCCAGGAAGGCUUUGCUCAAGUGCUUUCCAAAUGGGGACACGGCAUUUGACUUGUAUGACGGUGGAUGGAACCGUUUCUUUGUGUGAGGUGGUUUUGUGUGUUUGUAACUGAAGACGAGAGAGAAACCAUAUGGCAACGACAUUUAUCCUAGCCAUGCUGCUGGUGAAGCCAGUGUCCAUCGAAUCGCUGCCCAUCUCUCUUUUUCAGGGUGGCAGAGAAUGUCUAUCACAGCUUGUUUGUACUCUUGAGUAGCGAUUAUUCUUGAAUAAAAUUAGUGAAUAAUUUAC